AUGGCAGCCCCGAAGGAAGCGGUGGAGGGGCCAUUGGUGGGGGCGGUGGUCCAAAGCACUAGUCACAGUCGCUUUCUUGUUUUCAAUGCGAAAACAGCAGGAAUACUUACUCAUUAUCGAGUGGAACUAACGCAAGAGUUCCCAAAAGAAGGAUGGGUGGAACAAGACCCUAAGGAAAUCCUCCAGUCUGUCUAUGAAUGCAUAGAAAAAACAUGCGAGAAACUCGAUGAACUAAACAUAGCUCUAUCCAACAUAAAAGCUAUCGGAAUCAGCAACCAGAGGGAGACCGCGAUCGUCUGGGACAAGUUAACCGGAGAGCCUCUCUACAAUGCUGUGGUGUGGCUGGAUCUUCGAAGUCAGAGCACCGUCGAGAAUCUCGGUAAAAAGAUACCUGGGAAUAACAACUUUGUCAAGUCGAAGACUGGCCUGCCACUGAGCACUUACUUCAGUGCCGUGAAACUUCGCUGGAUGCUUGACAACGUGAGACAAGUUCAAAAGGCGGUUGAAGAAGGGAGAGCUCUUUUCGGCACCAUCGAUUCGUGGCUCAUCUGGAGUUUGACAGGCGGAGUCAACGGGGGUGUCCAUUGCACAGACGUAACAAAUGCAAGUAGGACGAUGCUUUUCAACAUUCAUUCUUUGGAGUGGGAUAAAGAACUUUGUGACUUUUUUGAAAUUCCGAUGGACAUUCUCCCCAAAGUUUGGAGUUGUUCAGAGAUAUAUGGCGAAAUGAAAACUGGGUCGUUGGUAGGUGUGCCGAUAUCUGGAUGCUUAGGGGACCAAUCUGCCGCAUUAAUAGGACAAAUGUGCUUUGAAGAAGGACAGGCCAAAAACACAUAUGGAACAGGCUGUUUCUUACUAUGUAAUACGGGUCGAAAGUGUGUGUUUUCUGAGCAUGGUCUUCUGACCACGGUAGCUUACAAACUUGGCAAAGACAAGCCAGUUAUUUACGCACUGGAAGGGUCUGUGGCUAUAGCCGGUGCUGUUGUUCGUUGGCUAAAAGACAAUCUUGGGAUCCUAAGUAGCCCAGAAGAAAUAGAAGUACUUGCCAAAGAAGUAGGUACUUCUUACGGCUGUUACUUCAUCCCAGCAUUUUCAGGAUUAUAUGCACCGUAUUGGGAGCCCAGUGCCAGAGGGAUUAUCUGUGGUCUCACGCAGUUCACCAAUAAAUGUCAUAUUGCUUUUGCUGCAUUAGAAGCUAUUUGUUUUCAAACCCGAGAGAUUACGGAUGCUAUGAACCGUGACUGUGGAAUUCCAUUUGAUCAUUUGAAGGUAGACGGAGAAAUGACAAAGAACAAGAUUUUAAUGCAAUUGCAAGCAGAUAUUCUGCACAUCCCAGUCGUAAAGCCUUGUAUUACCGAAACAAUUGCACUGGGAGCCGCCAUGGCAGCAGGGGCUGCAGAAGGAGUGAGUGUUUGGAGUCUAGAACCUGACAAUUUGAAAUCCUUGAUGAGGGAAGAGUUUGAGCCACAGAUCAAAGCCACAGAAUGCGAAAUCCGUUAUGCGACGUGGAAGAGAGCUGUGAUGAAGUCAAUGGGUUGGGUUACAGCAGAGUCUUCUGAAAAUGGUCAGUCUGGUAGAAUUUUCUCUAGUCUUCCCUUGGGCAUUUUUAUAGUGAGUAGCAUGAUCUUGUUAAUUGGGGCAAGAUACAUCUCAGGUAUCCCAUAA